AUGACUAGGGCGAAGCGAGGUCUGAAGACAUAUGGAACAGGUGGAAAGACAAACUUGCUACCGUUUCCCUGUUUGAGAAAUAACUCAUCAACAUCUCUGGAGCAGUUUACACAAGCGGCAGCGACAGGAUCACUGGCAAACAUCCAGCUUACGCUAAGACGCUCUCUAUACCGACUUCAGCACGGCACAGCUCCUGUGCCUCCCUGGGAUGAUUUCGACGUCGUGAAAGCGACAACGGACAUCUUUGAGCAAUCAAUAAACAAAAGGGCUCGAAUCGAGUUCGCCCCUUGGCAAUGCUUUACCUGGGUGAAAUGGUAUGUUCUCGCGGUGUUCCUAGCUGAGCUUGGUGGACCUGGCCAAGGCCCGGAAAUCGAUCACUCUGACCUCGUCGCGCAGAGAACCUUUGCGAAUUACUCCCAGACUAUGGCCGACAGCGAGUCUGGAGUGCUUUGGAGGCCCAUAGCGAAGCUGCUGCGUCGGGUAGAGAGGCUGAGAGGGACUGUGGUCAGAGGAGUGCCUGGUCAAUGCUCAUUGGCUACCGAAGCUCCUGAAGUGAACGGAUUUGAGUUCACUACAUUGGCAGGAUCUGACAUCAACGCAACCUUGAACGGCACGGCCAUUGAUCUAGACCUGCCUGACCGGAAUUUGGCUAAACGAUACCCGGUGACAUGGUACCUACCCCAUGAUGGCUAUCGCAAACAGCCAGCCAACGAUAAUGGACGGUAA